UUGCAGUUGCACAAUCAUUUAUUUUCGCUUGUUUUGGUAAAUAUAAACCAUUAAUCGAGUCAGUCAACAAACAAAGAUGAGGUGAGGUGAGAUGAAUUAAGCAUCAAAGCUGAAUUCAAAAACAAUGGCGAUUUCUACAUUACUCUCAAUCUCUCCUUUCACUCUAUCUUCUUCCUCAUCAACAAAAACCCAUUUCCUAACUACUAGGGUUUAUUUUUCAUCAUCUUCGUCUUCGACUUCUCCCAAAUUGAAUCAAAACAACCGUUUCCUAGAGAGUCAAAGUUCCAGUCUUUACCACCCAUUACGCCGCAAUAUCACCAGAGUCUCUUCUUCUCCAGAUGGGUUUCUCGGAAAAGCCAAGGAAGACGAAGAAGGAGACGAAAUCAUCCAGCUUCCAUCAAUUGGUGUGAACCCUGUUAAAUUCGCGAUUUGCGUUGCGUUGUGGGCUUCGUUCUCUUUGCUUUGGUUUGCUAGGUCUGGAGAUGCCAAAGCUGCUACUGAUUCAAUCAAAUCAUCGAGCUUUGGUCUCAGAAUCGCCGCAGCUCUUCGCCAGUUUGGUUGGCCAGACGAAGCUGUGGUGUUUGCUUUAGCUACACUUCCGGUUAUUGAGCUCCGUGGUGCUAUUCCUGUUGGUUAUUGGAUGCAGCUGAAACCUACGGUUCUCACUUUCUUCUCUGUUCUUGGCAAUAUGGUUCCAGUUCCAUUCAUAGUACUUUACCUCAAAAAGUUUGCGUCUUUCUUGGCGGGUAAGAGCCAAACAGCUUCUAAAUUACUCGACAUUUUAUUCAAAAGAGCUAAAGAGAAAGCUGGACCAGUGGAAGAGUUCCAAUGGUUAGGGCUAAUGCUAUUUGUAGCUGUUCCGUUCCCUGGAACCGGUGCUUGGACAGGAGCUAUCAUAGCAUCGAUCCUGGACAUGCCGUUUUGGUCUGCUGUUUCGUCUAAUUUCUGCGGGGUAGUGUUGGCUGGACUGUUGGUGAAUUUGCUGGUGAAUCUUGGUCUGAAACAAGCCAUUGUAGCUGGUUACUUUUAUUUCUAUGCAAGAGAUAAUAUAAGUAUCAGUAAUAGUACAUCAAAUGGAAAGGAAAAGAUGGUGCAAGCUCAUAAAUGUAACAAACUACUUGUGCCAACAACAACUGUUUUCAGUUCUAUACAUAUUCAGAUGUAAACAAUUCAUCGAAUAGGAAAUCAAGUGCAAGAACAAAGAUGUUAAAGCGAUUGAGGGUUGCUUUCAACAUGAAAUCAUCGAUUGAUUUAGGCUUGUAGGCCAAUCAAGGGUAACUGAAAUUAUUUUAUGUUCAAGAGAAUCAACUGUAACAGGGUUAUAAGGUUGUUUUUCUUCCAAGUAGCUCUAAGUGUGGGUCGAUUCUUAUGGUUGUUA